AUGAAUCCCAACAACACCAUGAAUUCCAACAGUACCGAUAACUUCUACGUUGGAAUCACCUCCAAAAACAGCACUUGCGCCAAAGCUAUCACCUUGAGAUCAUGUAUUCCAACACAUGAUGCAAAAUCCAUAAGUGACGAGCAAAGACCCGCCUACAUUGCAGGUGUCUCUAUCGCCUUCUUUUUCAUCAUCAUUUUUGCUAUCGCCAUACAAAAUAUUCGCGCUCGCAUUGUCUCGAAUAGGUCUAUGGAUGAACAGAGACGAGUUGAAGAAGGGAGAAUGACCAAGGCUGUUCAGAAGGUCACUGGUAGUGAGAUGGUAACUGGCAGUGAGAAGGCAACUGAUAGUGUAAAGACAACUGGUAGUGAAACGACAAAUGGUAGUGAGACGACAACUGGUAGUGAAAAGACAACCGGUAGUGAAAAGACAACCGGUAGUGAAAAGGCAGAUCAAGUUUCAAAGAAACCUGUCAAGUCAUGA